ACUAAAUGUCAAACUGGUCAAAUUAUUGCACACGACAGACGAAACACGCAUAUUUUUGAUAAUGUUGAACAUUUAGACAAGGCAAAAAUAUUAAACAAAUUGUAAAAUGACUGAGGAUCAGGAUGCCAAAGACUCACAGUCAGAUUCGGGCAGUAAAACUUAUACCAAGAGCAAGGACAAGAAGGCGAAGGCGCAACGGCCACUGACGAAAAUAAUCCUGCGAAGAUUGCCGCCCACGAUGACGGAGGAACAGUUCUUAGAGCAAGUGUCACCGAUUCCAGAGCACGAUCACUUCUACUUCGCCAAGCCGGAUCCCUCGCUCGGAUACAACCUAUUUUCUAGAGCUUACAUAAAUUUUGUCAAUGUUGAGGACAUCUAUCUCUUUAGAGACAAAUUUGAUGGAUACAUUUUUCUGGACGAAAAAGGUGUUGAAUAUGGGGCAAUAGUAGAAUAUGCCCCUUUCCAAAGGAUACCCAAAAAGAAAAAGAAGAAGGACCCAAAAUGUGGCACCAUUGAGAGUGACCCUGUGUACCAGGAGUUUUUGGAGAGUCUUAGCAAGGACCUUGAAACAGAGAAUCAACCUAAACUUGAGUACUCUUAUCCUAUUAGUGAUGGGAAUGAUAAGAAGGUCCAAUCAACCCCAUUGUUGGAGUAUUUAGCUGCGCGCAAACAAGACAAGAGAGGGCGUGACGAGCGACGCCGGAGAGAGAACGACAAGCGCAAAAUGAGGAUAGAGAGGAAAACUAAGGACAUGACUAUAAAGGAGGAUGAAUCCGGCGAAAAUGGCGUCAAAAAAAUCAAAUCAAGAGAAUGGGAGAAAGAAAAAUCUAAUGAAUCUAAAGAUGAUCAAAUUAAGUCUGACAAAGAUGGUACUGUAUUUGAAUCUAAAACAUACAGAGAUCAACGCAAAUCUGCUAGUACUGUUACAGACAAAAAGAAGAAAAUUGAUGGUGAUAAAAAAGAAAACUUUAAUAAGGAUGAAGAAUUGGAUGACAAGAAAAAGGACAAAUUCAGGGAUUCUCCACGUGAGCAAAAAAGCAAAAAAUAUAGCGACACGAGAAAGGAAAGAAUUAAGCAAAACGAAUUUGUAAAAUCAGAAAAGCAAUCUGUGCUGAGUAAAAUAAUGUCUUCCGAAGGCAAAACCAAGUCCCUGAAUCAUGACGAUAUUAAACCUUUCACGCAGUUGCCGCAAGUGAAAACAGACGACUUGACUAAAAUCAUUGAAGGCAUGGAGAGGAAAACGAAACUUGAAGAAAGUCAUGUGGAUUCUAAAAUUUCAAGAGAUAAUGAUGACAUGCCUGAUAAAAAAAGUGAUGGCUUUGUGGGACUUCCGAAAGUAAGAAGAAACAGUAUGGAUUCGGGUGAACCGCCUGCUAGAAUUGAGUCUGAAUUAAAGAGACAAAAGUCUAUGGAUGACAGAAGCAAAUCUUCAGACAUUGACGAAUCGGAGGAAAGGGAAAAGAGUACCGAUCGUCGCACAGAGAGGAGAAUCAGAAAUAAAGACCGUCCUAGCAUCGUAAUAUACCAGCCAGGCAUGGGUAAGUUCAGUAAACAACGCCUGGCAAAAGAGAAGGACCCAGCUAAACCUGUAAGCGAUAGUGAGAAAAAAGACACUUGAGACACAUAUCUCGACACCCAAAACUUGGACAACAUUCAACGGAUAAUCCUGAAGCUGGCAUUCGUAUCGAUGUCCUUGCUGACACGGACACAGUAGACGCGGACAUAGAACUGCCAACUGAGGGACCCACUGCUCGUGUUAAUUCAACGCCGUUGUUUCUAUCGAUUUGUUUAGUUUACAUGAAUUAUUAAGGAGCUGGAGAUGUUUUACCAUUAUAUAAUCAAUAUAGCAGCGACUGCUUCAUAUUUUAGCUUGUGACCAUUUAGUUCGGUUUGUUUAAUUUCAUUUAAAUAUAAUUCGUUUUUAAUUGGA